AUGCAUAUAACCCAGCUGAAUCGGGAAUGCCUUUUACAUCUCUUCUCUUUUCUGGACAAAAAUAGCAGGAAGAGCUUAGCGAAAACAUGUCACAAGUUGCUAGAGGUGUUUCAGGAUCCUUUACUGUGGUCUUUGUUGAACUUUCAUUCUCCAGCGGAACUAAAGAAGGAUAAUUUUCUCCUGGGACCUGCUUUAAAAUACUUAUCCAUCUGCUGGUAUUCAGAAAGAGUCAAGGUGUGUAACAUUGAGGACUGGAUGAAAAACAGUUUCCAGAAAGACUUCUGUAACAGGCAUGAAAACACUGUCAAUGAUUUUUUACUAGAAGUUUGCAACAGAUGUCCAAACCUGCUAUCCCUGACCCUCUCUGGAUGCGGCCAUGUUACAGACGAUUGCAUCUUGCUGCUUCUCAAGAACUGCCCAAACCUCAUGACGCUCAAACUGGAAAACUGUGUGCGGAUCACCGACCAGACACUAGAAGCAGUGAUGCUCUUCGGGGGAUCGCUGCAGACGCUCCAUGUGGAUUUCUGCCGGAACGUAACACAAACUGGUCUAGAGAAAGUCAGGGAAAAAUGCCCUUUGGUAAUGCUGAGAGCAGAGAGAAGUGCUAGCAUGAUUCCAGACAACAAGCCUGAAAAAAAGCUGAUGCUUGAAAAAGCAUCAAGAAAAUUUGCUCAGCUUUAA